AAUUUUUGUUAAUAUAUUUUUGUUUCAGUGAAAUUUUCUGUCACGGAUCUAUUCUGCAUACCGUACAGAUGUCUAAGAUAUUUCAUGAUUCUAAGACUUUCGUGGACAUGAAAACUAAAUGCACCCUAGAUGAUAUUAAAAGCCGCUUCAAUGAAAUAGAUUGGAGCAAAGAUCCAAACAAUGUAAAACUGAAUAAAACCAUCAACGACUGUUUCGAAAAAGAAGAUUCUGAAUUGGAAAUAUGGAAACCUACUGAUUGGAUUAAAAAUCCAAAAAUGUUUGAUAGCAUUAAGGAUAAUGAUUUAAAAUGUUGGGCAUACGGAUUAAAUAAUAAAUGGUUAGAUCUCGGUAGAAAGAUCAAAAAUGACGUCCGCUUAAAGCCCUCAAACUACUCAUUGAUUUACGUCCCUCAUCCAUUUAUUAUACCAGGCGGUAGAUUCCGUGAAAUCUAUUAUUGGGAUUCUUUCUGGAUAAUUAGAGGUUUACUAAUAUGCGACAUGCAUAUUACUGCAAGAGGUAUGAUAGUUAAUUAUAUCUCAAUGAUUAAAACUUUUGGUUAUGUUCCAAACGGUGGUAGAAUUUAUUAUGCAAAGCGAUCUCAACCCCCCAUGAUAAUACCUAUGAUGAAAAGUUACAUAGAUGCAACAAAUGAUUUCCAAUUAGUAAUCGAUAAUAUUCAUACAUUGGAAAUUGAGUUCCAAUAUUGGAUAACAAAGCACAACGUGACAAUAAAUAAAAAUGGGAAAAACUACACCCUUGCGGUUUAUAAGGAUUAUACAACAGGACCGCGUCCGGAAUCAUACAGGGAAGACUUAAAUAAAACAAAACACUUCAAGACUGAAAGUGAAAAAGAAAGUUUUUAUUCUGAAAUCAAGGCGGCGGCGGAAUCCGGUUGGGAUUUUUCGAGUCGCUGGUUCAUCACGAAUGGAACAAAUGAAGGAGACCUCAUAAAUACAAAAACGAGGUCAAUCGUCCCGGUUGAACUUAACGCAUUACUGUAUUGGAACGCAAAGACAUUGAGUGAUUUCUACCGAGUGAUGAAUAACACCGUCAAGGCAUCGAUGUAUGAAAGUAUUUCUUUAGAAUGGGAAGAAGCAGUAACCGCCGUUUUAUGGGACGAGGAAGUCGGUGCUUGGCUAGACUUUGACAUGAUAAAUAAUAUUAGACGCAACUAUUUUUACCCCACAAAUAUAUCGCCCCUAUGGACUGGUUGUUAUUCAAAAAACAAUAAGGAUUACCUUGUAACAAGGGUUAUAAAGUAUAUGAAUAGAACAGAAAUACUAAAAACUCCUGGGGGUAUACCAACCACCCUCAGGGAAUCCGACCAACAGUGGGACCAGCCGAAUGCAUGGUCCCCACUUCAAUACAUUGCAGUUAUGGCUUUAGAAAACACAGGACACAAGGAUGCAAAACAAAUUGCCUCUGAAAUCGCCUAUAAGUGGUUGUGCACGAACUACGUGCCAUUCUAUAAUGAAACCAAAAUGUAUGAAAAAUACCGAGUGGAUGAAGGUGGCCAAAUAGGAAAAAGUACAGGGGAGUAUAUAAUCCAGGACGGAUUUGGUUGGAGCAACGGUAUUGUAUUGGAAUUCCUCCAAAUUUACAACUCCACGGCCUCAACAAAAGAUUGGAUUGCAACUGCACCAACCUGCGAUGAAGUAUUGAAGAAACUAAUAAUUGAAAAGAAUAGUAAUAAUUCAAAUAAGGAAUAUAAUGAUUAUUGUGAAAAAAUAUUAAACGGUACUAAUAUAUAAUAUAAAAAGUAUAAUGCUUUUGAUUACCUUAACUCAAACUACAAUUGGAAGAAAACUCUAAAUUUAUAUUUUUCAAUAUUAUUAUUAUAUUCAUAUUUUGUUGCAACUUACUUGUUGAACCUAUAUUAUAAAUAUAGUAUAAUAUUA